AGUCGUGCCAGUCAUCCUAGUCAUCCCAGUCAUCCUAGUCGUUCCAGUCACCCUAGUCGUGCCAGUCAUCCUAGUCGUUCCAGUCACCCUAGUCAUGCCAGUCAUCCUAGUCGUCCCAGUCACCCUAGUCGUCCCAGUCACCCUAGUCGUGCCAGUCAUCCUAGUCGUUCCAGUCACCCUAGUCGUGCCAGUAACCCUUGUCAUCCCAGUCACCCUAGUUGUGCCAGUAAUCCCAGUAACCCUAGUUGUCCCAGUCACCCUAGUCGUCCCAGUCACCCUAGUCGUCCCAGUCAUCCUAGUCAUCCCAGUCAUCCUAGUCAUUCCAGUCACCCUAGUUGUCCCAGUCACCCUAGUUGCGCCAGUCAUCCCAGUCAUCCCAGUCACCGUAGUCGUCCCAGUCACCCUAGUCAUGCCAGUCAUCCUAGUUGUCCCAGUCAUCCCAGUCAUUCCAGUCGCCCUAGUUAUCCCAAUUAUUCCAGUCAUGGUACUCAUCCAAGUAAUUCUAGUCCCCCUAUUCACACCAGUUACCCUACCCAUCCGAGUCACCUUAGUUAUUCCAGUCAUCCCAGUCAUCCUAGUCCCCCUAUUCACCCCAGUUACCCUCACCAUCCCAGUCAUCUUAGUUAUCCCAGUCAUCCGAGUAACCCUAGUCAAUUAG